AUGAAGACUUUUAUUGCUACUGUCUUGUGGUUAUCACUCAUUUCCACCUUCCUUAGUUUAGUCCUAAUUGUUACUGUUGUGAAGGGAUUGAAAGUCGAACAAGAAACCUUUCGUUUACAACAUUUUUCAAAGGAUUACUCUGUUGAUUCAAUUAUUCAACCAGUUUAUCAAACAUCAAUGAAGUAUUUACAUGGCUCUGUUCUUUCUCUACUCUUCAAUUCAGCUGCAUGUCAAUGGAAUGGAUCCUAUAGUUUAACAUUAUUAAAUAAUGAUUAUUUCCCAACCAAUAGACCAUACAAUGAUGUUAUCACACGUUUGGAAUCUGAUUUAAUUUACCUUGAUUUGUCUAAAUUAACAUGUGUUAACAAUUUAGAGCAAAAAUAUGCAAUCAUUACAAUCAAGUUGAAGAGACGUGAUAUUGUGAAUAUUGAUCCUUACAAUUUGAGUGUGUUUAGUUUCGUUUUGAAGGAUAGGUCACUGGUUUAUGAGAAUGUAUCAUUUUCAAAUGGGGGAGUGAAUGAUUUGGAGAAUGAAUUCUCUUUUUCUUUGAAACAAGUAUUUGAAAGUGGAAGAAACUAUUUUGGUUUCCAAUACUGGGUUGAUUCUGAUUACCAUUCUCAAACUGGUAUUCAAAUUCGCUACCCAAAGGACAUUACACUUUUAAAUUCACAUUUUAUAUCAUCAAUGGAGUUAAAAUUUUCAUACAAUAGAGCUCCAAUCAUUAAUCCAAAUUUGGUCAACUCAAUUCCAGUAAUUUCAGUAUAUAACGAAUUUUAUCAAGUGGAAGACAAAUCAAUUCCAAAACCAUUCGAUUAUAUUCUUUCAAAAUCCAGAACUAGUUUACAAAAUAGAGGAUUGAAACCUCUCAUAGAGGAGAAAUCAAUGAGAUUUCACUAUGAUGAGAGAAAUGGGUUUAGAGAUUCGAGUAAUAAUGUUUAUUUCAUUGAUCCAUUCUCAUUGGUUUGUGCCUUUUCAUUUGGAGGGGAUGAUUAUUUGAAGAUUGAUGAACAAUCGAGAGUAAUUGAAACUAAACAUUCGAAUUAUUUAUUAGAAUGUUCAUCUAGUGAAAUAACUGAAGAUUAUUCAUGGACAAUUUUGGCAAAGAAGAGUGAUAAAAGACAGAAAGUGAAUUGUUACUAUGGAAAACCAUGCCCAUUAUCCACUGAUUCAAUCUCUUCAUUGACUUUAUUUGCAGAAAACGAUUUCGAAACUCUUAAUAUUUGGCCAGAACUUUCCUCAAACAUUUCUGGAAAUUUGCUUUUGAAAAAUCUUGAGAAUUCUGAGGAAUUGACGACUUAUUCGCCGCCAAAUACUUAUCAGAAGCCACUCACAUUGAUUAAUUGUUUUCAAGUUGAUUUUUCACAAUUGGUAAUUUCCAAAAAAGGGCAAAUCAACUUUGAGUUUAAAAAAUCAACACAACCAAACGAAGAUCCAUUUUCAACAAGAAUUUCAAUUCUGGACAAACAAACCAGUUCCUUCUUUCUCUAUCAAAAAGAUUCUCCUACCAAUUCAGAUCUCAAAUGGUCAAUCAAUCCAUUGAAUGAAAAUGUUACAUUUGGAUUAUGGAGCUAUUCUCAAUCUGAAGCAAAAUUAGGUGAUUUAGUGUUUGUCAAUUAUCCAAGAAAUGUCAAUUAUCAAUUGACAGAUUCUCUCAGUAUGAAUGUUUACUUUAGUGGAGUUUCCAUCUCAACUCCUAAUUCAUAUCAUAGACCCCACUUUACAAUCAAUCAAUUCACACCAAAUAUUUCAUUACUGAAUUAUGUUAUUCUUCAAAGUUUCCAAAUGAAUUAUGGCGAAGGUUUGAAUCAUCUCGAAUUUGAUGAAGGAAGAAUUUUCAAUUUUUUUCCCACCACAACUCUGGUUGACCUUAAUGGUAAUAAGGCACAAGUUAAAUUAACUGACCUGUCAUGUGUCUAUGUUUUGAAAAGUGAGAAUUCUCAAUAUUCGAUUAUUGAAUUGAGUGAUUUAUAUCCGAAAUUCAGUAAUGAUGAUGGAAGCUAUCAAUUGGAUUGUUCAGAGGAUGUUAGAGAUGAUGAAUUUGUUUUCAUGCUUGUUGGAAAACAAUUUGAAAGAAAGUUUGUUUCUGGUGUUUAUGGAAUUCCAAUAGAAGUGGAUUCUGCACAGAUUGUUUUAUUCGAAACUAGGUGGUCUCCUUUGGAUAAGUUUACAAUUUCGGUUGAUGUGAAUACUGUUCUGAGAGGUGAAUACAUAUUUAUGGAAAAGCAAAUUGAAGAUUUUAAAGAUUAUCCACUUUCAAAUACGAAUCAAAAGCCGUUGAAUAUUCUUGGAAUCUUUGAACUUGAUUAUUCGAAAAUCCUUCCUCUUUCAGAUUUUUCAAACUCAAUUCUUUCACAAAAGACAUUUGACUUGAUGUUCAAUGAUCAACCAUUCACAGGUCCUUGGGAGUUGAUUGUUAGUGGAACAGGAAAUGAGAAAUCAAUGAUAUUCGCUAUUGCUGCAUUCCAAGACAUUUCAGCAUUGUUUAAUCAUGAAUAUCCACUUUCAUAUUCAAGACAAUUACAAUUCACAGUUGACCAAAGUGAAUUAAUGUAUUCUUUUCAAUUAUCAUCUUCCUUAUCAACUUUAUAUCCUACUUUCCAAUUGGAUCUUAAUACAACUCAUUCCAAUCAAACUAUUAUUGAUCCAAUUACAAAGAUUGAAUAUGUCAAAAUUCAUUCAUUUUCCAUUCAGCAAGAUAUUCUAAACUAUAAUGUAAAAUCGACCAGAAAGUUCACCUUCUCCUCAAUUGGUUCCUCUCUUGAUCCUCUUAGUGUAACAUGUGCUUUUACUUUUAAGGGUGAUGAAAAUUUUUAUGUGUCAAAGUCAAAGUCUCAACAUGAUAAUGAUUUUAUUCAGUCAAUUCUUUGGAUAGUUGCAAGAUAUGUAGCCCCAAUUCCACAACCUUCCGCUUUGCAUUCAAUUCAUCCACAACCAAGCACUAGUCAACCAAAACCAUCACCAACACCUUUGAAUUCGUUUGAAAGAGAAAAUGGAAUUCCAUUAGAAAGUGGUUCAACUUUUUCAAGAACUAUUGAUCGUGGACAAUCGAUUCUCACAUCUAUUGAGCUGAAUUUUGGAAAUCGAUUGACUAUUUCUUUUAGUUCAUUGAGUGGUCAAUCGAUGCAAUUAUUUGUUGGUACUGAUUUUAAACCUAAUUCACAACUCUUCACAACAAUUAUGGAUUCAAACCAAGUCAUCUUCUUAACCAAUGUUCAGUCAGCUAGCCAAACAAUUUACAUGUUAAUUCAAGGACCAUUGACUGAUGGACAAGCUCAAUUCACAAUUCUUCCACUAAUCACCUCAAUUCCUCCUAGAGAAUCAAGCAACAAUCCAGUUAUCCAGAACAGCAACGACACAACUUUAUUCACAGUUGCAAUAAUUAUCUUGACACUCAUCAUUGUCAUUCUUUUGAUAUUUGGUCUGGGAAUGGGAAUUUAUAUGAGAAAACAAUUUCUUGUCAGGAAGAAUAGUGAGGAAAGAGUUGAACUUGUUCCUUUACACAUUAAGCUAAAUCAAGAUCAAGUCAAUAAUAGUUACCAUAAUGAAUUGUAA